UCCACGAGCCUUCUGUAGGGAAGCCGCUCUGCGUCUGUGUAUGUGUGUGCGUGCGCGCGUUCGUGUUCGCGGGAGAGAGAGAUUCAGCCAAUCAGAGGGCUGCUGGCUGAGAACAGGACGGUCAGGAAGAACUGGACUGCCUCGGUCCUCCACCUGCGAUUCCUGCCGGUCUCUCUGGAAUUCGGGAUCCUCCACGCGGUUCGGUCUGGGUGUAGCGGUUCUGGACUGGUGUGGGUAAAUAGGCGGUUCCGAUUCAACCUCUCUCGCCGUCGGGACCGAACCUCCACCGGAACAUUACCGAAACUCCGGGAACACCUGCUGGCGUUCGGACCGGAGCCCGGGAGCGGGUCCAGGACCGAACCGGAUCCUAGACCUCUGUGAUGGAUCCCUGUUAGGACUAAGUGACGCGAUGUCCGUGAACGAGCUGUACACGAAGUUCACUCGGGUUUGGAUCCCGGACCCAGAUGAUGUCUGGAGGGCUGCAGAGAUCACCAAAGACUACAAAGAGGGGGAACCAGUUCUCCACCUGCAGCUGGAGGAUGGGACGCCUCUGGAGUACCAGGUGGGCCCAAAGUCCAACACGCUGCCAUUCCUGCGGAACCCUGACAUCCUGGUGGGGGAGAAUGACCUGACGGCGCUCAGCUACCUGCAUGAACCCGCUGUCCUGCACAACCUCAGGGUCCGCUUUCUAGAGUCCAACCAUAUCUACACCUACUGUGGUAUCGUUCUGGUGGCCAUCAACCCGUACGAACAGCUGCAGAUCUAUGGAGAGGAGGUCAUCACCGCCUACAGCGGCCAGAACAUGGGAGACAUGGACCCGCACAUCUUUGCUGUGGCUGAGGAGGCGUACAAACAGAUGGCCAGAGACGAGAGGAACCAGUCCAUCAUAGUGAGCGGAGAGUCGGGAGCAGGGAAGACCGUUUCAGCCAAGUACGCCAUGAGGUUCUUCGCCACAGUGGGUGGAUCCUCCCGUGACGCCAACGUGGAGGAGAAGGUUCUGGCCUCCAAUCCCAUCAUGGAGGCCAUCGGAAAUGCCAAAACGACCCGGAACGACAACAGCAGCCGCUUUGGGAAGUACAUCCAGAUCGCGUUCAGCCGGCACUACCACAUCAUCGGGGCCAGCAUGAGAACGUAUCUGCUGGAAAAGUCCCGGGUCGUGUUCCAGGCCGAAGAGGAGAGAAACUACCACAUCUUCUAUCAGCUGUGUGCCUCAGGCAGCUUACCGGAGUUCAAGGAGCUCAGCCUAACAAGUGCAGAAGACUUCAUCUACACGUCUUUAGGAGAGAACAUCUUCAUCGAGGGCGUGAAUGAUGCUGAAGACUUCAAAAAGACCCGAGAGGCCUUCACUCUGCUGGGGAUAAAGGACAGUAGCCAGGUCAGCAUCUUCAGGAUCUUGGCCUCCAUCCUUCACCUGGGGAACGUCGAGGUCCAGGCGGAGCGGGACGGAGAGUCCUGCCACAUAUCGAGGAACGAUGUCCAUCUGCAACACUUCUGCAGGCUGCUGGGCGUGGAGCUGCAGCAGAUGGAGCACUGGCUUUGCCACAGGAAGCUGGCCACAGCGUCUGAGACAUAUUUGAAGAAGAUGUCUAGCAAGCAGGCGGUCAACGCCCGUGAUGCGCUCGCCAAGCAUAUCUACGCCCGACUCUUCGACUGGAUUGUGGAGCACAUCAACAAGGCUCUUCAGACGUCCUCCAAGCAGCACUCCUUCAUCGGAGUCCUUGACAUCUACGGCUUCGAGACGUUUGAGAUCAACAGCUUUGAGCAGUUCUGCAUCAACUACGCCAACGAGAAACUGCAGCAGCAGUUUAACUCCCACGUCUUUAAGCUGGAGCAAGAGGAGUACAUGAAGGAGCAGAUCCCCUGGACCCUCAUUGACUUCUACGACAACCAGCCCUGCAUCGACUUGAUUGAGGCUCGGCUCGGGAUCCUGGAUCUGCUGGAUGAGGAGUGUAAGGUUCCAAAAGGGACGGAUCAGAACUGGGCCCAGAAACUCUACAAGCAGCACUCAAGCAGUGAACACUUCCAGAAACCCAGAAUGUCCAACAUCUCCUUCAUCAUUGUUCACUUUGCUGACAAGGUGGAAUAUCUGUGCGACGGGUUCUUGGAGAAGAACCGAGACACCGUCUACGAGGAGCAGAUAAACAUCCUGAAGGCCAGCCAGUUCCAGCUGGUGGCAGACCUGUUCCAGGACAAAGACGGUGUGUCCUCCUCCAAACCGUCCAAGGUGAAUAUCCGCGCCCUGAAGACGGUCCCUAAAGCUCCCAACAAGGAGCACAGGAAGACCGUGGGACACCAGUUCCGAUCAUCUCUCCAGCUGCUGAUGGAGACCCUGAACGCCACGACGCCUCACUACGUUCGCUGCAUCAAACCCAAUGACUACAAGGAGGCCUUCUCGUUUGACUCCCGGCGGGCUGUGCAGCAGCUCCGGGCCUGUGGGGUUCUGGAGACCAUCCGGAUCAGCGCCGCUGGGUAUCCGUCCAGGUGGACGUACCCAGAUUUCUUCAGCAGGUAUCGAGUCCUGAUGAAGAAAUCUGACAUGAUGUUAGCAGACAAGAAGCAAGUGUGUAAAAACCUGCUGGAGACGCUGAUAAAGGAGCCCGACAUGUUCCAGUUUGGAAAGACAAAGAUUUUCUUCCGGGCCGGUCAGGUGGCAUACCUUGAGAAGCUGCGGACCGACAGGUUUCGAUCUGCCUGCAUCAAGAUCCAGAAGACGGUUCGAGGCUGGCUACAGAGGAUCCGGUACCGUAAGAUUCGAAAUUCUGCCCUCGCCCUGCAGAGAUACGGCCGAGGAUACUUGGCUCGCAGGUACGCAGAGCUUCUGCGUCAGAGGCGAGCCGCCCUCAUCUGUCAGAAACAGUUUCGCAUGACCCGAGAGAGGAGGAGCUUCCUGAAGAUCAGGCGGGCCGCGGUCACCAUCCAGGCCUACGCCCGAGGGAUGUUCACCCGCAGGAUCUACUGGGAGUUCCUGCUGCACCACAAGGCCAUGAUCAUCCAGAAGGCCGUCCGCUGCUGGCUGCAGAGGAGGAGGUUCAGGCGAGCGCGUGAUGCCGCCAUCACCAUCCAGUGUGCCUUCAGGUGUCUGCGGGCCAGGAGGCAGCUGAAGCAGCUGAAGAUUGAGGCACGCUCUGCACAACACCUGAAGAAACUCAACACGGGCAUGGAGAACAAGAUCGUGCAGCUGCAAAGGAAGAUGGAUGAGCAGUCCAAGGAGCUGAAGACUCAGAACGAACUGCUGCUGACCACCAACACCUCUCUGAGUUCUGAGGUGACCAAGCUGCAGAAGGAGCUGGUUCUGGUCCGGACUCAGCAAACCGAUGGAGAUCGGGUCGCGUCACUGCAGGAGGAGGUGGAGAGGCUUCAGGAGGAGCUGCAGGAGGAAAAGGCCGAGAGGAAAAGGCUGGAGGAGGAGCACAGCGAUGAGAAGCUGAUUCUCACACAGAGGGUGGAGGCGCUGGAGGAAGACAACGCUCUGCUGAAGAAGCAGAAGGAGGAGUUAAACCAGCAGAUCCAGCAGCAGACCAGAACCUCUGCAGAGGAAACCAGCAGCAUGUCGCUGCAGCGUGAGCUGGACCAGGAGCGCCAGCGGUACCAGAACCUCCUGAAGGAGUUCUCCAGACUGGAGCAGAGAUAUGACAACCUGAAGGAGGAGGUGUCUCUAAACAAGUUCCAUCCUGGCCAUCAAAGGAACCCGUCCAAUCAGAGCAGCCUUGAGUCGGAAUCCCCCUACCCGUCCAUCUCCACCUCUGAGGUGGGAGACACCGAAGACUCCAUCCAGCUGGUGGACGAGAUGGGGGUGGAAAAGGCUGCGAUGGACAUCGGUCUGUUCCUGAAGCUGCAGAAACGAGUGCGAGAGCUGGAGGUGGAGAGGAAGAGGUUACAGGUCAACCUGGACAAGAUGGAGGAGCUCAGCAAGCGCAAGGGUUCGGAGUCACGGACCUUCAUCUCUGAGGAGGAGACGGCAGAUCUGGCCUACAACAACCUCAAGAGACAGGAACUAGAGUCGGAGAACAAGAAGCUGAAGAAUGACCUGAAUGAGCUGAGGAAGACCGUUGCUGAGCGCGCGUCUCAGGACACCUCGUCCAAUGAGCUGCAGGACGGGUACAACCUGCUGCUGAGUCAGCUGAAAGCGGCCAAUGAGGAGCUGGAUGCCCGGAAGGAGGAGGUUCUUAUUCUGAGGACGCAAAUCGUGAGCAACACUCAGCUGCUGGAGAGGAGUCAACUCAUGGAAUCUGAGAAAGACACUGACCUGAACAACAGCAAGGAGCCGGUGGACCAAGAGGAGGCUCUCCGAGCAUACCACGGGCUGUGUGAGUCUAAAAAGCUCCUGGAGGCUCAGCUCCAGACUCAGACCCGGCAGCACCGGGACGAGCUGGAGGCUCUACACACUCAGAUCGAGCUGCUGAAGGACGACCUUGAGAAGAAGCAGGAGAUCCUGAACUACACAGCCUCUCUGUCUCCAGAGGCCAAGGUGGAGUACAGUGUCCAGCAGGAGAUCACUCGGCUCACCAACGAUAACCUGGACCUCAAGGAGCUGGUGGAGAAACUAGAGAAGAAUGAACGGAAGCUGAAGAAGCAGCUGAGGAUCUACAUGAAGAAGGUCCAGGAGUUGGAAGUGUCUCACGCCGCUGUUCAGAACAGAACCACCAGACCAGAGCUGAGCCGGCAGAUCACCGUUCAGAGGAAGGAGAAGGACUUUGAGGGGAUGCUGGAGUACAGCAAGCAGGACGAGGUCCGACUCAUCAAGACUCUCAUAACUGACAUCAAACCCAGCUCCGUGUCAGCCACGGUCCCGUGUCUGCCCGCCUACAUUCUCUUCAUGUGCAUCCGCCACGCAGACUACAUCAACGAUGACCAGAAGGUGGAGUCUCUGCUCACCUCAACCAUCAACGCCAUCAAGAAAGUCCUGAAGGUCUGCUCCCUACACACACACACACACACACACACACACACACACACACACACACACUGUGGUAACAUUCUCCUGGUUCUGCAGAAGAACAAUGAGGACUUUGAGAUGAUGUCGUUCUGGUUGGCCAACAGCAGCCGGCUGCUUCACUGCCUCAAACAGUACAGUGGAGACGAGACCUUCAUGACCCAGAACACGCCUAAACAAAACGAACACUGUCUGAAGAACUUUGACCUGGCCGAGUAUCGGCAGGUUUUGAGUGACCUGUCUAUCCAGAUUUACCAGCAGCUCAUUAAGGUUGGCGAGGGCAUCAUCCACCCCAUGAUUGUGUCGGCCAUGUUGGAGAGUGAGAGCAUCCCGAGCCUGGCAGGUGUGAAGCCAAUGGGCUACAGGAACCGUUCCCACAGCUUGGAUACAGAUGCAGAUGGGCCCACCAGUUACACCCUGCAGGCUCUAAUUCGACAGCUAAGCCAGUUCACCAGCAUCAUGCGAGACCACGGACUUGACCCGGAGAUCGUGGGGCAGGUGGUUAGACAACUAUUUCACUGCAUCAACGCUGUCACCUUAAACAACCUUCUUCUGCGGAAAGACGUCUGCUCCUGGAGCACCGGCAUGCAGCUCAGGUACAACACCAGCCAGCUGGAGGAGUGGCUCAGAGCCAACAACCUGUUCCAGAGCAAAGCCUCCAGCACGUUGGACCCCAUCAUCCAGGCUGCCCAGUUGCUGCAGGUCAAGAAGAAAACCUCUCAGGAUGCUGAGGCCAUCUGCUCACUCUGCACGGCACUGAACGUACAGCAGAUUGUGAAGAUCCUGAACCUGUACACGCCUCUGAACGAGUUCGAGGAGAGGGUCACCGUGUCCUUCAUCAGGAACAUUCAGAGCUGUCUCCAGGAGAGGAACGACCCCCCACAGCUGCUGGUGGACACCAAACACACCUUCCCCGUUCUGUUCCCGUUCACGCCGUCAGCCCUCAGCCUGGAAACGAUCCACAUCCCAGCUUCGCUCGGCCUCGACUUCCUCGUCAGGGUUUGACCUUCCGACCAUCUCUGGGACGAAGCUCAAGGAUACGUGCAGGGAUAUGAUUCAGGAGACCAAGCGUAGUUUUCUACAUGUCUUUUCUUUUACCAGCUGGCCAUGGAGUCAUGAGGAUGUUUAGUCACGGUACCAAAAGGUUAAAGGUCAGAAGGCUUCAGGAGUUUUCUGUCCCUUAGACACAAGAAUCCAGGUUUUUCUUCUUCAAUCAGAACUCCAGAUUUCUCUCGGGUCUUUUGGGAACUUUCUUUCUAAGCUUUGAUGUAAUUCCUGAGGCUGUGAUUGGACCAGGCGAGGUCGGAGCACCGAGUCUUUGUCCUGCAGAAAAGCACUUGGAGACGUUUCCAGAUGUAAAAUAGUUUUUAUUCCUGAUGUUUCUGUAAAUGCCGAAUUCUUUCUGAAGAACUUGGAGUCAAAACAACUCCAACAAAUGAAGUUUGUAGAAUUAAUUAUUACAAAUUAAACAUUUGUUCCCUUUAUUUUUGAAACUUUUAAUUGAUGACCAUUAAACGGUCAACAGCCCCGAC